UUAUAUUUUUCAAACUCUUCCUCCUAGUUUCUCAAGCUUCUACAUGUGUGAUACCUGCCAAGAACUAAGUAAUUAAUGGCAGGUUAUUAGGUAAUGUCAUAAAUAAAGUGCUGUGUAAGUAUCAUUAAUCUUUAUUAAUCGUAAAAUCAUUUACUUUCACAGUUUAGGCCAUAUUUGUCUUGUGUUGGCUUUAUUUGUAGUAUCUUAAGAAAAAUUUCUCUUUUCAACUCUCCAUCGAAGUCAGGUAAUUUAUACUAAACUGAUAGCUGAGUGAAUAUUUUAUUCUUAUCCUUAAUUAAAAUGGAACUAGGCUUAACUAAAUUAUAUUUGGCUGAGGUUUGUGUCCAAAUAAGUGAACUGUCAUAGAUGAUUACCAGUUGGUACAAUGACUAUAGGGAACACUUACUGUUUUGUAUUCUUAGAUACUUAUCCCUCCUCCUUGGAAAAGCAUUCUUCUCUGGGGGAAACUACUUUUCCUGCUAGUGUCACUGCAACCACUUGACUUUAGUUGGUGCCGUGGUGUUUUUCAAUAUACCCAUUUCCAUAGUCCCAGGGGAUGUACCCUGGGAUGGGCCACUGUCCAAUGUUGACAGAUCAAAACCCUUCCCAAGAAAGUAUAUCUUUGACUCCAUUGAAUUUUUUGCCUUCUACAUGUUUGUAGAAAAGACAUUGUCUGAAUUCUGAACUUACAUUGAUUUCUAACAAAACAAAUGGCCAUCUCCUCUUAGUCUUACUGGGCAUUGCACAGAGUGAAUUUACAAAGGAAAAAAUUGCCCAGAGACUGACAAGAAAUCACAUUUAAAAAAUUUUUCAGGAGUUACAGGCACAUUGCAAUUUGGGAGUAGAAAGUGGAUUUUAAAAUUCAUAACUUCUUCUAACACAAUACAGCAAAUUUUUUGUAAUUGAAUGUAAGCACCCAAGAGCAAGAAUUUUGUGUUUAAUUUACCAUUUUAUCUCCAGAAGCUAGAAAAUUGCCUGCAUAGAGAAAUACUGGUUAAAUGAAUAAAUGAAUUUGUCUUGAGCAGAGUUUUGUAUACUGAACUUGUACUUUUAAGGAAGAUGAAUAUAGAUAUAGAUAUGUAAGUAUUACUUUUGCUCUCACAAAUAUUGUUAGCUACCUGAAGAAUACCGCACAGUGGGGUGGAGUGGAGUUUAUAACCCAAAAGGCUUUCUUUUUGUUUUCACUGUUGCAUGAUGCUUUGAAAUGAAAAACAACAAAAAACCCACCCAAAAAACCAAAAACUGAAGUUGUAAGGCAGGACGCUUGGUGGCGCUGCAGGCUAAGAAAGUGAAAAACUCUGCAGCCUCUGUAACAGCUGAGCAGUUUCCGGCUACUUGAAAAGGAAAGGUUUUACACUCUUGGGCGAUAGUAGGUUUCAGAGAGGCCGCUGUCCCCAUGUCAGUCAAUGUUAGGAACUAACUCAAGAUUAUUGAAUGAAGAUAGUAGAGUUGGCUGCACAGCAAUUAUUUUGUGAUUAAAUACUGCAUCUUUUGGACGCCGAAGAACGAUGGAGACAAUGCUACCCAAAGCGCUGCAGAAAAGGCAAGUGACCUCCAUUAUUAUCCUAAUACUGUUAAUACGGUGGGAAGUGGGCAGUACGACCAUUAAGUAUUCGGUUCUAGAAGAGAGGGAAAGCGGCACCUUUGUGGCCAACCUCGCGAAAGAUCUGGGGCUUGGCUUGGGGGAGCUGGCUGCGCGGGGUGCUCGAAUUCUUUCCAAAGGGAAUCAACAGUAUUUGCAGCUCGAGCAGAAGAGUGGGAAUUUGCUCCUAAAAGAAAAAUUGGACCGGGAAGAGUUGUGCGGUGACACAGAUCCAUGUAUACUGCAUUUCCAGGUCUUAUUAAAAAGCCCAGUGCAGUUUAUUAAAGGUGAACUACAGCUACGAGACAUAAAUGACCAUGCCCCAGAAUUCCUGGAAAAUGAAAUCCUCCUGAAAAUCUCAGAAAGCAACCAUCCAGGGACUGCAUUUCCUUUGAAAAUAGCUCAAGAUUUAGACGUGGGCAGUAACACAGUUCAGAACUACACUAUUAGCACCAACUCCCAUUUCCACCUUUUCACUCGAAAUCACAGCGAUGGCAGGAGAUACCCUGAGCUGGUGCUGGACAAAGCGCUGGACCGGGAAGAGGAGUCAGAGCUCAGGUUAACGCUCAUGGCCCUGGAUGGUGGGUCACCGCCUAGAACUGGGACUUCUCAGGUUCUCAUCGUAGUCUUGGACAUAAAUGAUAAUGCUCCUGAGUUUGCUCAGCUGCUCUAUGAGGUGCAAAUCCCAGAGAACAGCCCUAUAGGGUCCCUUGUCAUCACUGUGACUGCUAGAGAUUUAGAUGCUGGGACCCUUGGAGAGCUCUCCUACUCAUUUUUCCAAUCCUCAAAUCAAGUGAUUCAGGCCUUUGACAUAAACGUAGUCACAGGGGAAAUUCGAUUAAAAAAAAUGUUGGAUUUUGAGGAAAUUCAAUCUUACCGUAUGGAAAUUGAGGCUUCAGAUGGCGGGGGACUAUCAGGAAAAUGCUCUGUAGCCAUAGAAGUGAUGGAUGUAAACGACAACACGCCCGAACUGACUAUGUCAGUAUUCACCAGUGAUAUCCCAGAAAACACCCCUGAUACAGUGGUCGCUAUUUUUGGAAUUUCAGAUCCAGACUCCGGGGAAAAUGGCAAAAUGAUGUGUUCCAUCCAAGACCAUCUCCCCUUCCUUCUGAAACUUACUGUAGAAAAUUUCUACACUUUAGUAACUGAAGGAGCGCUGGACAGAGAGAGCCAGGCCGAGUACAACAUCACCAUCACCGUCACUGACCUGGGGACGCCCAGGCUGAAAACCCAGCACCACCUAACGUCUUGA